GUAGCCUGUGCGAGGCACCUGGCUCUGAUAUUAUACAGCUUGGCUGUAUAACAGAGAAAAGGUACAAUAUCACAGCCACCGAUCCUGCAGAGGAUGUGAACAAUGAGAUAACGCGUUUUAAUCAAAAAUUUUUGCUGGCUGUAUCCGUGCAGCUGGGGAGUUUUUGACAAAAUGAAUGUGUUUAAAAGCUGAGGAAGGGCGAGGAGGUAAUGAAAGACGGGUGACAACAGGGAAAGCAGCAAAGGGUCAUGGGUUGCGGCAUGGGAAAAUCCAGAAUCCAGCAGAACAAAUGUGACAGAGUGAGCAUCUCAGUUCCAGCUGCCACAGCAAUUAGAGCAGCUCUAUUGAUCCAGCGUUGGUAUCGACAGUAUGUUGCUCGGCUGGAAAUGAGACGCAGGUGCACGUGGAACAUCUUUCAGUCUAUUGAAUACGCAGGGGAGCAGGAUCAGAUAAAGCUGUACAAAUUUUUUGGCUUCCUAAUGGACCACUUCACCCCAGCUAGCAGUGAAAGAAACCUAAUAUCCCACAUCUUUCGCGAGAAUGAGAUCUGCCAUGAUGCAGAUUGGGAAAGGUAUUUUUGCUACAAAGACAUAGAGGUACCCGAGAGUUACAGUGGCCCCCACCUAACCUUCCCCAUGACAUUCUGUGGGCUGUCAAAGCUAAUGGAGGCUUUUAAGCUGAAACAACAGCUCCACGCUCGUUACGUUCUACAGAUUCUUGGGGAAACUUGGAGACUUCUACGAAUCCUUCCAAAUAUCAAUCACAUCUCUGUCUGCCACACCAAAGAGAUAACAAUAUGUGGAGAUUUGCAUGGGCAGCUUGAAGAUCUGCUAUUAAUAUUCUAUAAGAAUGGUUUACCAUCAUGUGAGAAACCAUACAUCUUCAAUGGAGACUUUGUGGAUCGGGGCAAGAAUUCUUUAGAGAUUUUGCUCAUCCUGUUCGGGUUCCUGCUUGUUUACCCCAAUGAUGUGCAUCUGAACAGAGGGAACCAUGAAGAUCACAUUGUGAACUUGAGAUAUGGUUUUACCAAAGAAGUCUUGGGAAAAUACAGGGUGCACGGCAAGAAAAUUCUAAAGCUGCUUCAAAAGAUCUUCAGCUGGCUUCCCCUGGCCACAGUGAUUAACCAUAAGGUCCUGGUUGUACAUGGAGGGAUCUCUGACUCAACAGACCUCGACAUGGUCGCCAGAAUGGACAGACACAGAUAUGUGUCGGUCCUGCGGCCACCUAAAAUGAUCCGUCACACACUCAAUGGCAACAGGACAGUGAUCAGCAAGAACGAAGAUGCAACAGGACCAGCUGAAGCCCGUCGCCGGGUACGCUCCCUGACCAACACCUCCACCCUGGCUCAGAGGCACAACGUCCCACGUCGUUCCCUCCACAACCUGCCCACCACCGGUAACCAGAUGAACUGCUCGGUGGAGGAGGAGCUGAAGAAGAGGCGCAGGCUGGCCGGGUUUGAUCAGACCUACAGAGAAAUGAAGACACUGGACUCUGAUUCGGACCCAGAGUUUGGAGAACCCACAGAAACACAUGGCCAUGAGUGGAAACAAAUAGUGGACCUUCUAUGGAGCGAUCCAAUGCCACAGAAUGGCUGCAUUCCCAACGAGGUGCGAGGUGGAGGCUGCUACUGGGGUUCAGAUGUAACCGAGGAGGUGCUGAGAAGACACAACCUCCAGCUCCUCAUCCGAUCCCACGAGUGCAAACAGGAUGGCUAUGAGUUCUGCCACAAUCGCAGGGUGCUGACCAUAUUUUCAGCCUCUAAUUAUUACGAGAUGGGCAGCAACAGAGGAGCCUACAUCAGAAUGGGCCCUGAUCUGGUCCCUCACUUUGUUCAGUACCAGGCCAGCAGCACAAGCAGGGAGUUGACCCUGAGACAAAGUAUCGGCUGGACAGAGAGAUCUGCCCUGCGAGCUCUAAGGCAGCAACUGUUUGUACACAAGUCGGAUCUCAUCGGUGCCUUCCAGGAGUUUGACCCAAACAACACAGGGGUGAUCUCUCUACGCCACUGGGCGACAGCUACAGAGAGUGUACUGCAGCUGGGUCUGCCUUGGAGGAUGCUGCGCCCUCAGCUUGUCAGCAGAGCCCAGCAUGGUAUGGUGGACUACCAGCAGUGGAUUAGAGAGCUCUCCAUCACUGAACCCAAACCAGAGGUGUCAGACACCAGUAUCAUGGAGACGAUGUACAAAAACCACUCUAACCUGGAAACCAUCUUCCGCAUUAUAGACACGGAUCACUCAGGCUUGAUCUCUUUUGAGGAGUUCCGUCAGACUUGGAAACUCCUGAGCUCUCAUCUUAAAAUGGAAAUUGGGGACAAGGCCAUCACGGACCUGGCCCAGAGCAUGGACUUCAACAAGGACGGCAGUAUAGAUAUCAAUGAGUUCAUGGAGGCCUUUCGCCUGGUGGACCUCUCCACACAUGCCUAAUGGACUGGAGCAGAAGUUGCAGCAGGUUGGAUCGUCAACCUUAGUUUGUUUUUAAAUGUGCUACAUAAAUAAACUGGACAUUUAAUAGUCUUAGUCUGGUUAGGUCAUCUGGACCCACACUUUCUAAACUGACUGCAUUGUGUGGAUAGAUUAUCCGAGUGCAUUAUUAUUUAUUCAGAUGUUUCACAGGUUUUUCCUACCUUCUAUAGUUUUAUUGUGAUUUUCUACCACAAUUUUAUACUUAACCUAUUUAGUUGGUGAAAGAAAAUAAAAAAAUUCUCUGAUCAACCAUCA